AUGUCACUCUUUCUCUUCACCGCCUCGGCAGCCGCGGCCGUUCUGUUCGUUUUCAGCUCCGCAGCUAUCCCGUCUACCUCGCUUCCCGCUCCCCUCCUAGCCUUACUCGCCCUAAAGUCGUCACUUUUGGACCCCCUCUCUUACCUCUCCGACUGGGCACUUCCCCUAAAUCAAAACUCCUCCUUAUCGCCGCCGCCGUGGUGCUCCUGGUCCGGUGUCUCCUGCGCCAGCGGCGAGGUAGCAGCCAUCGACCUCUCAGGACGUAACCUUUCCGGCGACCCCUUCCCUUCCGAGCUACGGCUCCUGUCACCUUCUCUCACUCUCCUCAACCUCUCCACCAACUCCUUCUCAGGUCCCAUUCCCUCAUCCUCAUCUCUAUUCCAUCUCCGCCGCCUCCGCUCUCUCGACCUCAGCCGCAACGACUUCAACUCCUCCCUCCCAUCGCGUCUCUCCUCCCUCCGUCGACUCACUCUCCUCACCCUUUACAGCAACAGCUUCUCUGGAUCCAUCCCCGUAACAGUCGCCGCGCUUCCUCUCCUCGAGCAUUUAAACCUCGGCGGAAGCUUCUUCUCUGGCCUGAUCUCCGGCGAGGUACUUGCCUCGUUCACUUGCCUCCGGUUUCUUCACCUCGCCGGUAACCUUCUCACAGGUCCCAUCCCAGUGGAGAUUGGCCAGCUUGCCCUGCUUGAGCAUCUGGAGAUCGGGUACAAUACGUAUGAAGGCAGCCUCCCACCAGAUAUUGGGCGGUUGCGGAAUCUUCGCUACCUCGACAUUUCUUCAGCGAAUCUUUCUGGUGAGAUACCAAAGGAAAUUGGGAAUCUUAUUGAAUUACAAACUCUGUUUCUGUUCAAAAAUCGGAUUUCUGGUGGCAUCCCGCAUGAAAUGUCCCGUCUUAGCAGCCUCAAAGUUCUCGACUUGUCAGAUAACCACCUCUCCGGCAUGAUUCCACCUGGCAUCUCCCUGUUCGUUAAUCUCACCGUUCUGAGCCUCAUGAACAAUGACCUUUCAGGCGAAAUACCGCCGGGAAUCGGCGAGAUUGCCUCGCUUAAAGCGCUCCUUCUCUGGAACAACUCCCUGACGGGCAUGCUCCCACCGAUGCUCGGAUCGGGCGGGCUGCUGGAGAGGCUUGAUGUUUCUUCGAACUCCCUCUCCGGCCCAAUUCCUCCCGGCCUCUGUUUCGGAAACCGCCUCGUUCGGCUAAUACUCUUCGCCAAUCGUUUCGAAUCCUAUAUUCCUUCUUCCCUCACCCGCUGCUCUUCAUUGUGGCGCAUUCGUAUCGAAGAUAACCGCCUUACCGGCUCCAUCCCUGCCGGCUUUGGCCAUCUCCAAAACCUCACCUUUUUCGAUCUCAGUAGCAACAGUAUCUCCGGCGAGAUACCGCCAGACCUCGGCAUCGCUCCACGGUUACAGUUUUUGAACAUGUCCGGUAAUCCCUUCCGAAGCAUACUACCAAAUACGAUCUGGAGGGCGCCGUCUCUUCAAAUUUUCGCUGCAAGCUCCUGCAAGCUCCACGGCAAAAUCCCGAGCUUCGCCUCUGGCUGCAGCAAUCUAUAUAAGUUAGAAAUUUGGCAAAACGGUCUCAACGGCACCAUUCCCACUGACAUCAGCAAUUGCCAAAAGUUACUAUCCCUAAAACUGAAUCAAAACCGUCUCACCGGUCCAAUUCCGCCAGAGCUCGCAAAUCUGCCCUCAAUCACCGAAGUAGACCUCUCCCUCAACUUUCUAACUGGCGCGAUCCCGCUGGCGUUCGACAACUGCACUACGCUGGAAAGCUUCAACGUGUCCUUUAACGGCCUCGCGGGUCCCGUUCCCGCCUCCGGCAACCCAGCUGCCACCGCAGGCCCGGUGAUCAUUUGGAUCGCGGCUGCAGCGGUGACAAUUGGAUUGGUCCUCCUUAUAGCCGGGACACGAUGGUUGAAAGCGGCCUCCCGGCUCGGACCGCGGCCGUGGAAGCUAACGGCUUUCCAAAGGCUAACAUUCACGGCGGACGACGUGGUCGAGGCAGUGAAAUCCACAGCUCAGAUCAUUGGUAUGGGCUCGUCCGGCACGGUUUACCGCGGCGAGAUGCCCAGUGGAGAGGUGAUUGCAAUCAAGAAGCUUUUAACGCCGGGCGUCGCAAAGCAGAAAAAUAAAACAGAGUGCAUGUUGCCGGAGGUGGAGCUACUCGGCGCAGUAAGGCAUCGCAACAUUGUCCGACUGCUCGGCUACGUCAGCAACGGGGAGUCUACCAUGCUGCUAUACGAGUACAUGCCGAGCGGGAGCCUGGAAGAGCUCCUUCACAGUAGCGGCGGAGAAGGAAAGGGUAAGACUACGCUAGAUUGGGGGACGAGGUAUCGUUUAGCGAUUGGUGUAGCGGAAGGAAUGAGCUACCUUCACCACGACUGCAAGCCGGCAAUCGUGCAUAGGGACCUGAAGCCGAGCAACAUACUCGUGGACGAGGAGAUGGAGGCGAGGAUAGCGGAUUUCGGAGUGGCGAAGUGGGCGACAAUGACGUCGUUGACGGGGAUAGCCGGGUCGUGGGGUUACAUAGCGCCGGAGUAUGCUUAUGCAGUGAAAGUGGAUGAGAGGAGCGAUGUGUAUAGCUAUGGAGUGGUGUUGAUGGAAAUGGUGAGUGGGAGGAGAGCAGUGGAUGGCGGUGUUGGUGAUGAGGAGGGGAGGAGUCAUUUGGUGGAUUGGGUGAGGACGAAGGUGGCGAGGAAAGGAGGGGAAGGGGUGGGGGAGGUUUUUGAUGAAGAGAUGGCGAUUGGGUGCAGAGAGGUGAGGGACGAGAUGGUGAUGGUGCUUCGAGUGGCGAUGUUGUGCACCAGUGAGAGACCAGUGGACAGGCCGACAAUGAGAGAUGUGGUUUCGAUGUUGAAGGCGAUCAAGGUAGUCGGGAGUAAGGUGGCGGAGCAGGUUCCGGUGCUGGUUUUGGCCAAACCAGGCUAACAAGGAUUUGAAUUUCCCGCCGUCCAGAAAAAUAUUUUUCCCUUGAUUUUGUUUUUCAAUUUGAAUCAUGG